AUGCGUACAUCUGCGCUACUCGCCAUCUUACCUCUCCUUGCCACUUCCACUCUUACCCUCGCCAGACCUACAUACGACGACGUCCCUCAGGUCAGGGAGCGAAAGACAUUAUCGUUUGGUCCAGUGCACAAGCACCAUUCAUUCAAAGUUGUAGAUGAACCUAUCAUUGUUUCUCGUUCCUCCUUGUUGAGCGAGUCUGUAGAUCCCAGGGAGGUCGCUAGUAAAUUCAUCGAGGAUAAGAUAGGUGGAUCAGAAGGAGAUGCUUUCUACAUUCGCGACGAUAGUUAUACCGAUAAGAGUACUGGUAUCACCCGUAUCUUCGCCAAACAAGUCGUCAACGGACUUGAAGUUUCCGAUGGUGAUUUGAACUUGAACAUUGAUCGAGAUGGGCAUAUCAUCUCUUGGGGAAACUCAUUCCACCCAGGAGAUGUACCAAGUCUUCAUGAUAUGAAUGAAGGAUCUUCAGGUGAAACUGAACGGACUUGCAAGAUUCUUAAAGAUCACUACGACGCUCACAAGACACAUCUUGCCGAACUUCAAGGCGAAGAAGGUGCAUGGGGUUUAGUCAAAUCAGCUGCUCAAGUCAUUCUAGGUGGUAAUCUUACGCCUAAAGAGAUUGAUGAAAAUGCCAUUAGAAAAGUACACAAAUCAAUGAGACAUAUCAAACAUCAUCAAAAAGCUUUAUGUCAACAACCAUUCACGGUAGCUUCAUCUGGUAUCUUAUCCCCUAUCGAAGGCUUGAUUUCUUUAUUACCUAGAAUUCACGCAAGUAACGAUAAUUUCCAAGGUGUUUCAGAAAUCGAUUUCGCUUCUACAUCUCAACAUGAAUUCAAACCUAAAUCAGCUCCUGCUGAACCUCCAACGGAAAUCAUCUCUGGACCAGGUCUUGAUAAAUCAGGUGUCGUUUCUGAUAUCCCUGCCAGACUCAUGUACACUCAAGUAACUGAAGGUUCACCAAGACUUGUCUGGAAUUAUAUAGUCGAAAUGAAAGAUAGUUGGUAUGAAGCUUAUGUAGAUGUCAAGACUGGUGAACUUUUAAGGAUUGUAGAUUGGGCAACAGAUUUAGAUUUCGAGCCUUCAACUAAAUCUAAUAAGAAUGUAGAAGUAAAGAAAGGCGGUGGUCAAAAACCUCUUCCUACUCCUCCCAAGUACAAGCCCUAUUCCUACCAAGUCUUCCCAUGGGGUGUCAAUGACCCUUCUACUGGUAAUCUUUCCGUCGUUACCAACCCUUGGGAUAACGUUGCUUCCCCUCUUGGUUGGCAUGAAUUCCCAACCUUCGCCAACCCAUUUGAUACUCAUAUCGAGGGUCAACACGUCGGUAAGAAUACUACCACGUUCACCACUACCACUGGUAACAACGUAUACGCACACGAAGAUUGGGAAGGUCGGAAUAAUUUCUUGAAGAACUACCGACCUGUCGCUAACGAUUCCGUCUUUGUUUACGAUUACGGAGAGCCUGAUGGACUUAAACCUACCGAAUAUAUCGAUAUGGCUGUCACUCAAUUAUUCUACACUUCGAACGUCUAUCACGAUCUUCUCCACCGGGUCGGUUUCGACGAACUUUCCGGUAAUUUCCAAGCUUACAACUUCGAAAGAGGUGGUUUGGGCGGUGAUCCAGUCAUCUGCAACGCUCAAGAUGGAUCGGGCUAUAAUAACGCCAAUUUCAUGACACCUCCAGACGGUCAAGCUCCAAGAAUGAGAAUGUAUAUCUGGGACACCGCCACUCCUUACAGAGACGGUGAUUUAGAGGCUGGUAUCGUGAUCCACGAGUAUAGUCACGGUCUCUCCACUCGACUGACUGGAGGACCUUCAUCGUCAUCGUGUCUUGGUUGGGGAGAAGCGGGAGGAAUGGGCGAGGGUUGGGGAGACGCUGUCGCUACAUUGAUUCGUCAAAUCGAAGAACAUCACAACUACAAGAACGGUACUGAUACCUACGGAAUGGGCGCUUGGGCAGCCAACAAUGGGAAGGGAAUCAGAAAUUUCCUGUAUUCAACUGAUAAAGAGAUUAACCCUUCCACUUAUAAGUUCCUCAACAAAGGCAACUAUUGGGGUGUACACGCUAUCGGCGAAGUCUGGGCUCAAACAACCUUUAUCGUCUCACAGCGACUUGUUGAGGAGUAUGGAUUUGGUGAAACCCUUUUCCCACCAGAAGACAUCUCAAAACCCAAUGAUUAUUACACCAAGACAUCGCUUGAAUCGGUUGAUUCUCUUGGUCGACCAGUCCCUCUUAUACCUAAACACGGUAAUACUCUUCUCCUUCAAUUACUGAUUGACGGAAUGAAACUCCAACCUUGUCGACCCUCUUUCUUUGAUGCAAGAGACGCCAUCAUCCAAGCUGAUAAGAUCCGAACUGGAGGUGCUAAUGAGUGUAUCUUGUGGAAUGCCUUUGCGGAGAGUGGUCUAGGUGUAGAUGCUUCUCUCAUCGGUAAUACACCUUGGGGAGGAGGAAGGAGAGAAGAUGGAUUCAACGUUCCCAAGAAAUGUAAGAAGAGCAAGCAUUAA